CUACGAGUACCCUUACAAAGUACAUAUGUACAUAGACGGAUGUACUUUACAGGGGUACAAUCAUCGAGAGAUUAAAUAUUUGUAAUGAACACUUUGUGCAUCCAUGUUAUCACAAGAAAACAAGUCAAUGUGACCAAGUUCAAGCACACUGUGUUCAAUAUUAACUCGAUUAACUACUUUCCAGUGUCAUGUGUCAUGCCGUUCAGUUUACGCUUGGCCUUCCUAAAGUGCACCUCUCACACUUUCUCACUUGUAUGCAAAUCUGACAUUUCUGAGAUUCUCACUUUUUUAAAUCUCCUUAAUUAUUUACUCGCUCACAACUCAUUGUGUUUUGUGCUAAAGCGUGAAAAUGAUAAUUGAAACAAAAAAUGAUCAAGAAAGAAAGAUUCUUUCUGAGUUCAAGAAAAAAGUUGGCGAUCUGAAUCUGGAGGAAAUGACACUCAUCCGAUUUCUUAUAGCUCGGGAGUUUAAUAUUGAAGCUGCAGAAAAUAUGCUGAGAUCCUCCAUGCAAUGGAGGAAGGAUCAUCGAAUGGACCACAUUUUUGAAUGGAAAUCUCCAGAGUAUCUGCAUAAAGAUCUACCAUACUCGAUACCAGGUUUCGACAAAAAUGGAGGACCAGUUGUACAUAUUCCAUUCGGCAAAUGGAACCACAGGUGUUGGGUGGAGAAAGGAUACGGAGAAGAUCUGCUGCGUUGGGGAUAUCGUUUGAUUGAGGAUGCGUUUCAAAAGGCCACUUCUGAUGGGCUACGUCAGUGCACUGCUAUUUUUGAUCUUGGAGGAAUUUCCUACUAUCAGGCUGCACACAUUCCAUCACUAAAGGUCCUUUACAACGGAUUCAAGGCUUUGGAGCAAAACUACCCGGAAAUGUUGAAAUCCAUUGUUAUUGUAAACGCACCGUGGCUCUUUGCGAUUCCGUUCAACUUUAUAAAGGGCACCAUUUCUCCAAACACGCUGUCGAAGCUUAAAAUCUUCGACAGCAACAAGAAGAUUUGGCUGGACUACUUGCUCGAAAGAUGUCCUGAAAAAAGUUUGCCCAAAGCGUAUUUUGAAGAUCAGAAUGGAAAUUGAUGGUUUUGGGGGAUUUUCAUAAUCCUACUUCUGCCUCCCAAUUGUCUCACUCGGCGAAAUACACAAGUACAUCGCUAUGUUCGUAUGUGUAGUACCUUGCGCCUGUGAAUAUUCAAUCAAGGACUCAUCAGUGGAACUCGAAUCCACUCGCUCUAGAAUAUGAUUAUUAAAUUAUACAAAACACUGAGUCUGGGUGUGGAAAGCUCAUAUUUAUGCAUGCCAAUAUAGUUUGGAAACUGUAAAUAUAAGGUUGUAAAACGAGAACGACAUUUAAAUUUAUUUGUAUAGAACAACGUUAUGUUAACUGAUUUUUUAAAUAAAUAUUUUGUAUCUGA